AUGGAGAAGUCUUCAGGUCUAGCUUUGGUUUUCAAUACAUACUCCAAUGAAGACUAUGACAGGAGAAAUGAUGAAGUUGACCCAGUGGCUGCUUCAGCUGAAUAUGAACUCGAGAAGCGUGUUGAAAAGCUGGAGCUUUUCCCAGUUGAAUUAGAAAAAGAUGAAGAUGGACUUGGCAUUAGCAUUAUUGGAAUGGGAGUUGGAGCAGAUGCAGGCCUUGAAAAACUGGGAAUAUUUGUCAAAACAGUAACAGAAGGUGGGGCAGCAGAAAGAGAUGGCAGGAUCCAAGUGAAUGACCAAAUUGUGGAAGUUGAUGGCAUCAGUCUGGUUGGCGUUACACAAAAUUUUGCUGCAACUGUUCUUAGAAACACCAAAGGGAAGGUCAGGUUUGUAAUUGGCCGAGAAAAACCAGGCCAAGUGAGCGAGGUUGCACAGCUGAUUAGCCAAACUUUGGAACAAGAACGCCGCCAGAGAGAGCUCCUGGAGCAGCAUUAUGCGCAGUACGAUGCAGAUGAUGAUGAGGAGAAUAUCAUAGAAUAUAUUGAGCUGGAAGGAACCCGUAUGGAUCACUGAGUUCAACUCCUGACUCUACGUGGGACCACCCAAAAUCAUCAUAGAAUCAUAGAAUGGCUUGGCUUGAAAGUGACUCCAUGGAUCAUCAAAAUCCAAAGAUAGAGAAGGAGAGACAGAGAAUCUAUGUGAUGCAUUUAAUUCAGAUUAGUUCUCUUUCAGGUCCUGAGACUAGGCUUAUAAACAGAGAAAUAGGAGAAAAGUACUCUGAAUUAAAAAGGCAUACGUUUAUUUUGAAACACACUGUUAGUCUAGCAGUUAGCAUCAGAAGUAUCCCAGAAAACUUGGUAAAAAUUGUCUAGCCCCAGUGAUGCCUUCAAUCACUUCAAUUUCCACUGAUAUUAAAAAUAGAAUAUUUGAAUAUGCAUUAGAUUGAAUCGUAUCAUAGUGCAUAUUUAACUCAUGGGUAGAAAUUGUAUGUAUUUGGAAUGAACAUUUGUGCGUGGCUGUGUGAGACCAUAAAGGCUAGAAAAUCCAUAUUCUUUCUGUUUUCUCCUCAACAUAUAAACAUGCAAGUAUUUUGACUCCUGUUUAUUCUAGGUCUAAAAUAAAGUUGCUGAAUGAUUUAUUGAAGGACAGCUAUCCUUAUCUCAGAAAUAAAGAAAAGACAACUCUCUAGCUUUUGGAACAAGAACCUUCUUGUCACAGCUCUGUUCUGAGGAUGCUGGCCAUGUCUGUGACCCUGAGAUGUACAUUUUGGCCAUUAGCUCAUGCAGUGCAAAAGGGACUUUUAUGCAUUAUGUGAGGGAAGGAGGAGGAAGAAAGGAAAAGACAUCCACUAGUGGAGAUCCAGAGUGUCAUCAGAGAUCUCUUUUGGAAGGAGAAGUAAUGAGGCUUCUGAACAAAUGUAGAAGUGCAUCCGUUCUCAAAAAUAGCCUUGGGAUCACUGAAGGUUAUACCCAUUUCCUCCAUGACUGUAUGGGUGACAAGUGGUAAGCCUUAUUCUUAGAACAGACAGAUAUAGUUACUGAGGUAUGCAGUGAGGCAUGUUUGCCUUCUGAACAGUAUUAUUAAGAAACCUGAAGCAGUCCUGAAUACGUUUCAUCUUUUUCACCUGACUGUGCCUUCCAAGUAAACUCACAUAACUUGCACCCAAGCAGUUACCACAAUGGGAUCUGUACUGUAAUGCGCGUUAGCCACAGUUCAAAGACAGUUUUUGGUAACUACAAGCACUUCUCCAUUUGCUGUCAGAUGUGAGCAUUGGUACUUGAGCUCACCUUACUCCGUUUGGUCAAAUGUGGCUGUAUGCAUACUCCACUCCCAGCUUUGUAUUCUUUGGCUCUGGAAAGCACGCCAUCCCCUGGGCAAAAAUAUGUCAGCUUACAUGGUCUGAAUGAAUAUGCGUCCACAAAUGUACCAAAAAAACCCUACCAUUUCAAGUCCAUUUGCUCACACUACUUGUGAUUCUGACUGUGUGAAGCUCAGGAGUAUGAGAAUUUCCAGUGUAAGGAGUGUCUUGCUGGUAUGAGACAGAAUUAUACAAGAGUUGUUCACCCUCAGAGCUAUCAAACCAUCGUAUUCAUUUUCAUACAGUGUUUAAAAUGAGGAGGCAGGGAUUCCAACUGCGCUGCCAAAUAAAUAAACAAGAAAAUUAUCAUUAUUCAACCCUCCACUGAGGCUGUCAAAUUCUAAGCCUACUUUACCACAAAGACAGCAAUGUCUUAUCAGGUUUCCUGAGCAGGAAAUCAGCGGUCUGAGUCCUAGAGCAGUUCAAGCCGAAGACCCACUCCCCUGAAAGCUGCAUAUGUUAACACAGGAUGUGAGAUUAUUAAUGUGGUGCAAAAUUCUCUUCUCUUUUUGUCCAAGUCAAGUGGUUGUAUGCAAGUGAAGCCUUCAUGUCUUUUAGUAGCAUAGAUAGUUGUUUGAGUGUUUUUUUCAUUUUUAAUUCUUAUUUAUCAAGACAAGACAUUCUAAGAGAAGAGCAACAGUAGGAACAUUGAAGACAAUCAUGAGACACAAAAACAGAGCUUCAGUGUCUAAAAUGCAAAGAAUACAUUGGUAAGACAAGAUCUUUCAGGGUGUACAGUUUUUCUGACAUCAUUAAUAUGCAUUAGUUCUAUAAAAGCAAUGGUUGAUACUAUAGAAUGCUUUUUCUUUGCUCCUUUCAAAGAAUUGAGUUUAAACUACAAAAAAAUCAAAUGAAGAGGUGGAUUUGAGUUAUUUUUAUAGUUCAAGUGGUAUUCUCUGAUGGUGGGAGAGUUUCAGCACAAACAAAAGAUUUAGUUUGAUGUACCCUUUGUUACGGUGAUUGGGAAAGGUCUGUCUGCAUUUUCUUGGCUGGUGCUGCCACUGCUUCUUUGUGCUGGUGAGGAUUCUGCCUGUUUCAAAAAUUUACAGUGCAGUUAAACAAAGUGAGUACUGCCUUCUCCCUUCUAAAAGGAGAAAUUGCAGUUCAUGUUUAUAAAGAUAAUUUCAUGCUGCUUGCUGUGAUAAUGUAUAGCAAAAUUAAACAGCUAGUAGCAGAAGCUAUUCCUCUGGCUGGGGAAACCUUGAGGUCUGUGUACUACUAAAAUGAUAAAUAGGCUUUUGCUCACCUGUUUUGCAUGAAUGAAUUCUGCUCACCUGUAAAGACUGAAGAGACUGAGAUUUUGCUUCAGGAGCAUGUAAGUUUUCAUUGGCUAUUGUACAAAAAAUAUUGUUGUCAACUAGGAAAACAAAAUGAAUUGCUCAGAGCCUCAAGCAGUUACAAUAACAGCUGUUUCUUUAAAGAGCUUUGUUAUUUUGGAAUUAGGUGACCUUUGUCUGCGUCUAGCUGCUUCUUGUAAAACACUAAAUUCCUUGUUCUAAUUUACUGGCACAAGGUCUGAGCAUACUACUUUUACCACCUACUUUUGGUAGGUUCAUGUGAUGUAAAAGCAGAGAGAAUUCAUCCAGGGAAAGUAUGUAUUAUGCAGUUUACAACAUCUGUUUCUUUAAAGCAUACGUCGGUUCUUUUGAACCUGUUAUUUGUGCUUUGUGUGAUUAUAAGAUGGGGACAUUGUCUUUUGAAGACAAGCAAAAGCCCCAUUUAUUUCUGUGCCAUCUAAUGUUUCUGUAUUAUCCCACUGCCUUGUUUACUACAGCAAACUGCAGUGUUUUGCUUUGAUGACAAUUUUUUUUAUUAACUGAAGCAAAAAUAACCUUGUCUGCUGAUGCUCGGUCAAACAGUUCACAGCAGGGUUUUCCUUUAUGUUUAUUCUAAUCUGCCUGAUGUCCCACUUCAAACACUAUGUCUCCUGAGGCC